CACAACUGGGCUCACAACUCUGGAGCUGCGGCUGAUGUUCGUAGACGCGAGUACUACACUCACGGGGACCUCCGUUGGAAUUUGUGUUAUGGAUACUACUGGUCUCCAUAGGAGUCAUAGGCUUACGUUUUCAGACUGGGAAUACAAUCAACGUCAGUUUUUUUGUAUUUAAACGUUAUCAGAUUUUCGGGGGCUGUGCAUCCUACAGUCAUGGAAUGCGUACCAUUGUGGGGAAGAAGUGGGGUUUUAAAUCUCGCCGUCCACUCUUUGCAUCCCCCAAUGUUUGUUCGUUAGUUCUCAUUAGCUGGCUAAAGUCAGGGCUCUACGGUGACAGAAAAAUAAUUGUAGGCUACUCUCAUUAUUUCGAAUAGAAGCAUAAAAAACAUAUCAGUUUUGUCGAAGGACUUCUGAAGUGGGCAAUUUCUUUUGAUCUGAGCGACACCUAAUAAUACAAGCCUCUUUGCGUGCUAACCAACCAAGCGAAAAAGUCGUCGGCUAGCCAGUGAGAAAGGCAUACCUGACCAGGUUGUUUGUAAAAAUGGAGGCUGUUAUUGAAAAAGAAUGCAGUGCACUUGGAGGCCUUUUUCAAACUAUUAUCGGUGACAUGAAGAGCAGUUAUCCAGUCUGGGAGGAUUUCAUAAGCAAAGCUUCAAAGCUGCAAUCCCAGCUAAGAACCACAGUGGUGGCCACGGCAGCCUUCCUCGAUGCCUUCCAGAAGGUUGCUGACCUGGCGACCAGCUCUCGAGGGAGCACCAGGGACAUCGGCUCGGCCCUGACCAGGAUGUGUAUGAGGCACAGAAGCAUCGAGGCCAGACUGCGGCAGUUGUCAAUGGCUCUCAUAGACUGCCUCAUCAACCCAUUGCAGGAUCACAUAGAGGACUGGAAGAAAGGGGCCAACACUCUUGACAAAGACCAUGCCAAAGAGUAUAAGAAGGCCAGACAAGAGAUCAAGAAGAAGUCUUCCGACACCCUGAAGCUGCAGAAGAAGGCAAAAAAAGGCCGCGGUGACGUCCAGCCCCAGCUGGACUGUGCCAUGCAGGACGUGAGUGAUAAGUACCUGCUGCUGGAGGAGACGGAGAAGCAGGCGGUGAGGAGGGCCCUGAUAGAGGAGCGCGCACGCUUCUGCUCCUUUGUGUCCAUGCUGAGGCCUGUGCUGGAUGAGGAGGUGUCCAUGCUGGGAGAGAUCACCCACCUGCAGACUAUUGCAGAUGAUCUGAAGUCCUUGACUAUUGACCCACAUAAGUUGCCCGCUGCGAGUGAGCAGGUCAUCCAUGACUUAAAAGGCUCCGACUACAACUGGACCUACCAGACCCCUCCGUCCUCACCUAGCAACGCUGUCUCCAGGAAGUCCAGCAUGUGCAGCGGCAGUCUGACCAGUGUGACCAGUAGCGAUUCGCGGUCCAGUGGCUCCUACUCGCACUCGCCCACCAGUACCCCGCACUAUCGGUACCGCAGCUGCACUCUGCCACCCCACUCCUCCAACCGCCUGGCUUCCAUCUCCUCCCACGACUCCGGCUUCAUCUCGCAGGACGCCGGACAGUCCAAGUCCCCCUCGCCCAUGCCCGCGGACACCGGCACACAGGACUGGGCCAAGCCUGGGCCCUAUGACCAGCCCAUGGUGAACACGCUGCGUAAGAAGAAGGAGAGCGGGAGUGUGAGUAUGAGCAUGGAGCCCCCUCCGGCCCCCGCUCAGCCAGCGCUCCCCAGCAGCCACUCCACUGACCAGCCCCCCAGAGUGUGCCGUAUGCUCGCCAUGCCCAAGCCUGCGGAGGACCCAGACCCCCAUGCAGAGCUGGCGCUGGCCCUCUCCUGUGGCCUGCAGCUGGACGCACACGCCCAGGGCUCCAGCCGAGACUCCCUGCAGUGCUCCAGCGGCUACAGCACCCAGACCAACACACCCUGCUGCUCCGAGGACACCAUCCCUUCACAGAUGUCCGACUAUGACUAUUUCUCCAUGGGUGGGGAGCCGGAGGUGGACCAGCAGGACUUUGACAAGUCUUCGACCAUCCCCCGCAACAGCGACAUCACCCAGUCCUACCGGCGCAUGUUCCAAACCAAGCGGCCAGCCUCCACGGCCGGCGUCCCCUCUGGUCCCGUUCCGGUCAUAGUCACGCCCGGCACGGCCACCAUCCGCCGCACGCCCUCCACCAAGCCGUCGGGCCGGCGCGCCACCAUCUCGGGAGGGGGGCCCAUCCCCAUCAAGACCCCCGUCAUCCCGCUGAGGACCCCCGCGGCACCGGACGCUCUGCCCAGCCUCUGCUUCGGUCAGGGCGGCUGCGUGGCCAGCGAGGAGGAGGAGGAGGAUGAGGACCCCCCCAGCCCGGAGUCGCCGGCCUCGGGGGAAGGAGAGCAGCUGGGCCUCCUGCCGGUGUCCUCCUGGAGUGGACAGGCCUCCACCAACCCCCCUGUUCCCGUCGCUCAGACGGGGAAGGGCUCCGACGGGCUGCUGGACGGGAUGGACCCCGCAGACCCUCAGGGCGACACGAUGCUGCUGGCUAUUCAGCGCGGCGUCAAACUGAAAAAGACUCCAAUGACCAGUGACCGCUCUGCUCCACGCAUUGCCUGAGUGCGCAUCAGAAGGCCUCUCUGCUUAUAACAGUACAACAGGAGGCACCAGAAACAAGACUCUAAUUUACUGAGACAGGGGUCCAGCUGAUAAGUCAGUAAGACUUGUGUGUAGAUUACAUGUGUAACCAUCACAAUAUUAUAGCCCACCUUUUUUGGUUGUUUUUUUCUGUGGUCAACCAGUGGCUAUAGUAUGUAUGAUAGUGAUCUAUCCUAGAAGAGCACAAAAGACCUGGUUAGGAACAGGGACAGGAAGAACUUCUUGGGACCCUAAUGAUUUGAGCGUGGGCAAUGACGCCUUAUUGGAAUUGUGUAUAUCAGUCCAUCACUUUUCUCUUUCUGUCGUCUUAAGCAGCUGAGGCCAACACCUGAGGUGCUGUAUCAUGAGGCGUUUUCCAGUGGUGUCUUGAACAAGUCUGGUUGUGCAGGUGGCAGGUACCAUCCUCAUCCUAGAUGCUUAAAUGGAUCCUGAUCCUCUCUGCUGAUUCCUAGCUAGAAUUGCAGCAAUUCAAUGGUGCAGCAGUUCAAUCAGUUAGUUUUUACUCAGAGAUCAUUAAUGACCUCUUUCAAAGCAAUAUGCUGGCUCAUAAUUUUACAUGUUAUGGUAGAAAAUAUCUGUACAGGUUGUGUCACAAUGGUACAAAGAAGCAACAGAAAUGAAAAAAAAAACUAUGGAUAUCUGUAUAAAGAUGAAAAAGAUUUCAGAUGGUGACACUAAAGAUUUUACUCACUGCUUCUGCUUAUCGGUUUUGAGCAAUUUUUUGUUCAAUAUUAGGAAUGCAUGACGCCUUACCUCUGUAAACUGCGCAUUACAUAUUAUAAUGUUGUUUAUCUCAAAAUAAGCUAUGGUUUACUACACAAACCUUUUGUGAUGUACAUGAACUGGUUUGUAAUGACCCCCCCCCAUCAGUUUUGGUUCAGUUUUAGAGUAGAGUUGUGCUGGUAAGGGUGUGAUUUAGCCAAACGUGAAACGCUAAAAAGACUCAUUGUGUUUUUAAAUGACCUACUGUCUCUCAUACCUCCGUACCUUUUUUGUGAUUUAAUUUUGUACAUAGUGUAGAUAGGUUUUUUUGUAAUUUUAUAGGUUGAUAAAUAAAAUGAUCUCUCCUCCCCUGGAAGAGAUUAUCCACAGUUUAAAUUCAUAGGCGGCAGAGUAUUAAAGCAUUCAAAUUUAGGUAAAAAGAAUUCAAAUGUGAUAUUAAAGCACACAUUAAUAAAAAUAAACUAUCCAAAAUGGUAUUAAGAACAUAUUAAUUACGUAGCUGACUUCUUUGAUGUACUGGUUAGUAGAUUUCUGAAGUUGGCCAAGUUGAAUUUACGCAUCAAUGUUGGUAUUGGUCUGCAAUAACAAAGCUAUUAAUAUUUUCCUUAGCUCCCAAUGGAAAUGCUGUGUGCGAGCUAUAGAUAUAUAUAGAGAAUAUAGCAUACCCUUUAUCAAAUGCAUCAUAUUGAAGAAAAUAUGUAGUUUCAAAGUUUCCACAGACUGUUUAUGUAAGCCAACAUCAGUGAUUAUAAGAAUCUGCAUUUUUGACCUGUUCAUUUCGUGCUCUGACCUUUGUGUGAGUCUCCUGUUGCUUUUAAAAUGUUCCAUUCUACCAGAUUCAAUGGUUUAUUUAUUUUCACGUUUAAUCACAGCUUUGGCACCAAAUAAAAAAAAAUGUGUUUAAAGA